UCCUUCCCUUCCCCUCCCACAGUAUAUUACAGAAGCCGCUCCGCUCACUCGCUUCAUUCCUCUCUACAGGGCAGAGCAGAAAGGAGUCGCUCAGAGGUCUGUUUUGGAGCAGAGGAGCGCUGAUCACCACUAAAGCUCUUUUCCUGAUCCGCACAGCGGCUUAAUUAGUCAACAGACGCAGAGGACGAGGCUUCACCAUGGCCCCUGAAAAGCUGGUCUACGUUAUAACAGGAGGAUGUGGGUUCCUUGGUCAGCACCUCCUGAACGUUCUGCUGGAGAAGGAGGAGAACAUCAAAGAGAUCAGGCUUUUUGAUAAGCUUGCAGAUCCCAGCCUGCAGAGCCUCAGCACAGGGCCAGCCUUCUACACCUCUCCUCCGGUGCCAGCCCUCUACACCUCUCCACCGGUGACAGGCCUCUACACCUCUCCACCAGUCCCACCUUUCUACACCUCUCCACCAAGGCCAGCCUCCCGUAACACUCCGCCAGAGCUAGCCUCCUGCACUUCUCCACCAGUUACAGCUUCCUGUACCUCUCCACCAAGACCAGCCUCCCGCAACACCUCUCCACCAGUUACAGCUUCCUGUACCUCUCCACCAAGACCAGCCUCCCGCAACACCUCUCCACCAGUUACAGAUUCCUGUACCUUUCCACCAAGACCAGCCUCCCGCAACACUCCGCCAGAGCUAGCCUCCUGCACCUCUCCACCAGUUACAGCCUCCUCUACCUCUCCACCAAGGCGAGCCUCCCGCAACACUCCGCCAGAGCUAGCCUCCUGCACUUCUCCACCAGUUACAGCUUCCUGUACCUCUCCACCAAGACCAGCCUCCCGCAACACCUCUCCACCAGUUACAGCUUCCUGUACCUCUCCACCAAGACCAGCCUCCCGCAACACCUCUCCACCAGUUACAGAUUCCUGUACCUUUCCACCAAGACCAGCCUCCCGCAACACUCCGCCAGAGCUAGCCUCCUGCACUUCUCCACCAGUUACAGCUUCCUGUACCUCUCCACCAAGACCAGCCUCCCGCAACACCUCUCCACCAGUUACAGAUUCCUGUACCUUUCCACCAAGACCAGCCUCCCGCAACACUCCGCCAGAGCUAGCCUUCUGUACCUCUCCACCAGUUACAGCCUCCUGCACCUCUUCUUCAGGGCCAGUCUCCUGCAUCUCUCUACCAAGGUCAUCCUUCUACACUUCUCUACCUGGGCCAGUCUCAUACAUAUGUAAACGUAAAUGCAAGAGCAUUUCUCCCUUCACCUGGGCACAGAGUGGACCCACGGUGACCGGAAAGCUGCGUGUGUCCUCUGAAGAAGUUUUCUCCACCCAAGACCACUUGCUCAUUGUUUUUUUAUGUAUUUAUUUAAUUUGCUGUAAUGAAUCAGUAAAUACACUAAUUAAUCUCAAUUUAAUUUCAAAAAGAAAAAAGGUCAAAAGAGUAAAGUGCAACAAUAAUUUCACUCUAUUAAUGUGCCUGAAAAAAGGGCAUCAAGCAAGCCAAAAGAGCUCAAAGCCUGCGCAGCUCAGCUUGCAGCCAUUCACCAGUAUCUUCAACAUGUCUCCAUCACUGGCUGUCAUUCCUAAACGCCUUAAGACUCCACCCAUUGUUCCUGUACCAAAGUAAACAGUCGCCAAACGCCUCAAUGAGUUCCGUCCAGUUGCACUCACUCCUAUUGCAAUGAAGUGCUUUGAGGGAACAGUCCAGACAUACAUUAAAUUAUCAUUCCAGCUGCUCUUGAUCCUCCACAGCCUUUCACACCGCAUUGAGCACCUCAACACAUGUUUGAAUGCUGUUUAUUGAUUAUAGUGCAGCAUUCAACACAAUAAUCCCCCAAAAACUGGCCCCCAAGCUUCAGAACCUGGGCCUCAGUCAGCACCUCUGUACUUGGAUACUGGACUUUCUGACCAUUCGCCCUCAGUCAGUCAGGCUGGGGACAUACCAGUCCUCCCCACUGACAAUGAGCACUGGUGUUCCUCAGGGCUGUGUACUAAGCCCACUUCUGUACUCUCUCUUCACAUAUGACUGCAUUCCUGUCCACAAUACAAAUACCAUCAUCAAGUAUGAAGACAACACCACAGUGAUGUGCCUAAUCCAGGCAUUGAUGAGUCUGCCUACAGAAAGGAGGUACAGCGCCCGGCCAUAUGGUGUUCAGACAACAGCCUAGUUCUUAACACCAGCAAAGCCAAGGAGCUCAUCCUCGACUUCAGGAAAGGCAGGGAUGGACAUGCUCCACUCUUCAUCAAUGGUGGCAGAAAGAGAUCCCAGUUUCACGUUCCUGGGUGUGCACACAUCUGAGGACUUAUCCUGGCCUGUCAACACCACAGCAGAGGUGAAGAAGGCACAACAGCGACUCUACAUUCUGAGAUCACUCAGGAAAGUAAAUCUCAACAGUGAUCUGCUUGUCACCUUCUACCGCUGCAGUAUUGAAAGCAUUCUCACUUACUGCAUUUCAAUUUGGCACACCAGCUGCACCACUGCAGAGAGACACGCCCUGCAGCGGGUCAUCAACAGUGCCGAGAUGGUGCUCUAGCUGACCUCUGUGGGCAGCAAGAUUGGUCAAAUCCUCAUCAGUGUUCUUACUGCUGAGGAGGGACCAGGUCUAGAACUAAUGGCAGCUGACCUCAUGAAGGGAUGUAGCCAGGCUAAGGUUCUCUACAUGGAUUCCCACUGCUGCGUGGAGCUAAGGGACUAAGCAAGCUGCAGCACCGUUUUGGACAGCAGCCUAACUAUGGGAGAUUUUUUGAUCAUACAAAUAUAAAAGAUUGUGCAAAGUUUGUUUAAGUAAUAGAUGAAUUGAAUCAUAACUGUUCAUAUAUAAGUGCUAUAUGGCUUUAGCUGUGGAUGAGCAUUUGUUGCUGUAUGUUUGUCUAUGGGUGGCCAUGAGGUGUUGGGACGAUGUGGCCUUAUCAAAGGCUGUGACUUGAUGGGACACACGUACAGCUGGAAUCUGUUUAUGUCACAAAACAUUUAUUUCUGUGGCAGAAAUAAAUUAAAAAAACAUAUAAUUUCAGAAUAAUAGAUGAAGCAAAUAAAGCCUGACGGCUUAGGCCUGAGAGCGGCCUUGGCCUGCGAUCAUUUUAAAAAAGAUAUUACUUCUUGGUUUGGAAAUAAGGGUUGUCAUGAUGAUGGUGACUUUUGGAGAUAAUGGUGUGCAAAUCCAAAAAGUUUGAAAUAUUUGGGAAGGGCAAGGAGGGGUCAACACUUGGCUCAUCCUUGCCCCUCCCAAAUAUUUCAAACUUUUUUUUUCAAAGAGUAUAAAACGCAUGGAUUUUUGUGGGUUUGUCAGUUGUGUCUGGGCCAACUUGAGAUUAACGCUUGAUGCUGGAAAGCCUUAAUCUUCAAUAAAAGAAUUUGUGCUUUUUCCUGCCA